AUGGCUGAAUCCAAGGUAGUGGUUCCAGAGUCUCAUCUGAAGAAGAUCAAGAGGGAAGAAGAAUGGGCAUUGGUGAAGAAACAAGAAGCUGAUGCUGCUAAGAAGAAGAGCGUUGUGACCAGGAAGCUUAUCUUCAAGAGAGCUGAGCAGUAUUCCAAAGAAUACGCAGAGAAGGAUAACGAGUUGAUCCGAUUGAAGCGCGAAGCUAAGUUGAAAGGAGGGUUCUAUGUUGAUCCUGAGGCAAAGCUGCUCUUUAUCAUUCGUAUCCGUGGUAUCAACGCCAUUGACCCGAAAACCAAGAAAAUUCUGCAGCUUCUGCGUUUGAGACAGAUCUUCAAUGGUGUGUUUCUUAAGGUGAACAAGGCAACAAUUAACAUGUUGCGUCGUGUUGAACCUUACGUGACUUACGGAUACCCAAACUUGAAGAGCGUUAAGGAACUGAUCUACAAAAGGGGAUUCGGAAAGCUAAACCACCAGAGGAUUGCACUUACCGACAACUCGAUUGUGGAUGCAGCUCUAGGGAAGCACGGGAUCAUCUGCGUGGAGGAUCUGAUCCACGAGAUCAUGACUGUUGGACCUCACUUCAAAGAAGCCAACAACUUCCUUUGGCCAUUCCAAUUGAAGGCACCACUCGGUGGCCUUAAGAAGAAGAGAAACCACUACGUCGAAGGUGGUGAUGCCGGAAACCGCGAGAAUUUCAUCAACGAGCUUGUCAGGAGAAUGAAUUGA